GGGGGGCCUGCCCCGGCGGGACGGGCUGCACCACGCCGGGCCCCGCAGCCCUCCGCCGGCCGGACGGGGCGGGAGCCCCGGGGAGGAUGGGCUGAGCGGGGCGGAGCGGAGCGGAGCGAGGCGAUGCGCGGGGACCCGGCAGCGGUUGGGGUGUGCGGGCCCCACUCGUCCUGAGGGCAGUUCCCUCUCUUCGGCCUCAGCGAUGAGCCACGGCCCCGAAAACACGGCCCCUCCGCCCCGGGGAUGCAGCCCCGUCCGGCAGCCCCUCGGCCCCGGGAGCAGGGGCAUGGACGUGCUGCGCUGCCCGUCCUGCCUCCUCCUGCUGUGGGAGCCGGUGACCGUGUCCUGCGGGCACACUGUCUGCAAGGGGUGCCUCGGGGGGGCCCACUGCCCGCUGUGCCAGGAGAGGCUGAAGCUGCUGGGCGUCGGGGCGGCGAGGAGCAGCGUGGUGCUCUGCGGCCUCCUGGAGAAGUGCGUGCCCCUGGAGAGCCGGCUGGCCGGGCUGGCGGCCCGCGUCCGGGACCGCGUCAGGCGUGGGGACGUGCGGGAAGCGCUGAGGAUGGCGCAGAGAGGGGUCGAGCUGGCCCCAGAUGCCAGCUCCCUGCGGCUGUGCCGGGCAGAAGCAUUUGCAGCAUUGGGGCAGCACACGCAGGCACUGGAGGACUUGGAUGCUGUGUGCAAGGCUGAGCCUGGAAACCAUGAGGGCUUCUUCAGGAAAGGGAAGGUGCUUCUGGAGAUGGGGCAGAGAGCUGAAGCCCUGCAGAUCCUAAUGCAAGAGGAUGCUCCCCAGGCACACAUGGCUGCUGCAUGCUUGGGUGAUGCUCAUCAGGGCUCAACAGGUCCCCAGGUCAAUGGAAGGAGCCCUGUGCUCCCAUCUUCUGGAGAAGCUCAGGAUCAGGAGGGAGAGCCAGCAGAUGGCAAAGGGGAUGCUCAGUCUGAGCACAGCCAGGGGACAGCCACUCUUUCCCAGCUGGAGCAACAGGAAGAACCAGAGACUUCAGCAGAGAGGCAGGGGCGGUGGUUGGUAGAUAACAAAGAAGAAACAACAGCAGAAGAAACAGCCCAGCCCUGCUGGGAGCUGUUGAGUGUAUCUGACGUGGAGUGCUCCCUCUGCAUGCGGAUGUUCUUUGAGCCGGUGACGACGCCGUGUGGGCACACCUUCUGCAAGGAGUGCCUUGAGCGCUGCCUGGACCACCGGCCCAACUGCCCCCUCUGCAAACAGAGCCUGAGGGAGUACCUGAAGGCUGGAAGCUACAGCCCCACUGUGCUGCUGCAGGACAUCAUACUGGCCACCUUCCCCACUGAGCUGGCUGAGCGCAGGGACCUGCACCGGGCUGAGAUGGCAGAGCUCUCCAACCUGACCAAGAACAUCCCCAUCUUUGUGUGCACGAUGUCCUUCCCUGGCAUUGCCUGCCCUCUGCAUGUCUUCGAGCCUCGCUACCGCCUUAUGAUCCGGCGGUGCCAGGAGACCGGCACGAGGAGGUUUGGGAUGUGUAUAUAUGAACAUGGGAAAAGUUUUGCUGACUACGGCUGCAUGUUGGAGAUACGGCAGAUUGAGCUGCUGGCGGACGGCAGGUCCUUGGUGGACACCAUCGGCCGGCGGCGGUUCCGGGUGCUGAGCCGUGGGCACAGGGACGGCUACAACACUGCUGACAUCGAGUACCUGGAGGACAGGAAGGUGGCUGGGGAGGAGCUGCAGGAGCUGCAUCGCCUGCACGAAAGCACCUACCGCUUGGCUCAGCAGUUCUGUGAACACCAAGAUCUUGCCUCCAGGCACAUUUUGAUGCAGCAUGGACCGCUGCCGGAGAAGGAGGAAGAUAUCCAGGUUUUUAACUUUAACUGCUCAUCAAGGAAGGUGCUUGGGCAUCACCAGAGAGAUCUGGGGACACGUGGAGUGGUGACACCCUGGCCUUCAAACAGCAAGUGAGAUAGACACAGCGAACACAGUCCAGCAGAGGCAGGUGGCAACAAAGCAGAAUAAUGAGGUGGUUUUGCUCUCAGAAAGUGAGCAUGUAAAACAAGGCAGGAGGGUCUAGUUCCUGCCCAUCAUUGUGGCUAAAGGCUUUGGAGAAGGAUGGGAACACAGCGACCAGCCUGGCAGAGACUGAUCAGUGAGGGAUGAUGCUAGAGGGUGUCCAUCCCUCCAGUGGUGUGGAGAGUGUCUUGUCCCUGCUCUGCCUUUGCAGCCAUGGGCAGAGGGCUGCGAGCUGGGAGCAGGUUUCCAUUUGGCAGCUAGCAUUAGGGAUGAGGGACAAUGCGUGCACGGGCUGUAAAAUGAGAGGGUGGCCCUGGAUGAAGAGGGGAUGGUCUUCAACCCUGCGCACAGGGUGUCCUGCCAGGACAGCUCUCCGGGAGUCUGGACCUGGCAUCAGCUCCCUUUGCCGUGCUGCCCUGCUUCCACUAGAUGUCAGGAAGAGGCUGAGUGCAGGCGAGAAGGAAGGCACAGCCGAGGGGAUGUGCAGCACCAGCAGCUUCCAGAGCCUUGGCCAUACUUUUCUCACCCCUAGCCCCAAAAGCAGCCCUGCUGGCCCCAGCCAGGCUGCCCAGAGCACAGAAGUGAAGCUGAGGACCCGUGCCACUUGAAACCACUUUGAUUUACCCAAGCAUGCACAGGGUCUGUGCUGGGGAAUCCUCUCUCCAUUCAGGACAAGGUCUUGAUUGCUGUUUUGGGACUGGAACAGGGGACUGGGGCAGCUGGGGGUGUCCUCCUCCCCAUUGUUCUUCAGCCACCCUGCUGGGCAUGGCCCUCAGUUCAAAGGUGUGAGAAGAAGCAACCGUUGUUGGGUCCAGCACACAUCUGGAACAGAACAGCAUCCCAUGACCCCUUGUGAAGGCAGCCCCUUGGAUGCUGGGAUGAGCAGCUGGGGGCAGUUGGGAAAGAUCUGGUAACUUCCUCACCUCCAAGGGCUCCUGCUUCUCCUUGUCCUCCUUUAUGAGCCUGCAGAGAGGCUGGAUCUGGAGCAGGCUGACACAGCUGCAGCUGGCAGCUAUGGGCACCUGCAGCCCCCCUGCCCUAGACUUCGUUGCAGUGUGCAUGGCAGCUUCACCCCAGAUCAGCAGCCAGAGCUAUGGGGAGAUGAGUGCAACUCUACAUAGGCUUCUUGGUGGUAAUCAGGACCUGAGGGGAGAUGAUCCACUCUACCCCGCAGCAUGGGAUGUCCUGACCGUGCUUUGGUUUCUGCUGCUUGGAUUUGUUUCCUCCCUGUAUUUUUCCAUCUCUUUUUGCACUCCUCCCAUGUGCAUCCCAACAACACUUAGUAAUGACUUCUGGCCUUUAUACAACACUCCUCAUUGGAGCUUUCCAGAUGGACGUCUAUAUCCUUUUCUGGAUUUUACAGGCUACAACAGGGGGUGGGAAAAGGCAACAAGCUGCCUGGGAUCACCCAGCAAUGUCUCUGGUGGGCAGGGGACCACUCUCCAAAUGUGUCGUUCUUCCCACCCCAUCCAGUCACCACUCCUGUAGAUGCUGGGACACAUCCUGCACAUGGCUUUUACAUCCCUGGAGAGGUGUAAACCAGCACUAGCACUGGCCCUGCUUCCAUCAUCCCAAAUCCUGACCUUUCCAACAGCACCAUUUCCUCCCUUCCCAUCCAGCAUCUUACACGUGAGGCAUUGGUGACAACUUCCCUCACUUGAUAGUGUGGGCAAGCAAUUAGCUGAAGAGGCAAGUAAUUAAUACAGCAGGUGUCAGGCUGUGCCUCAUCUUUCUUUAACAAAUGGUACAUUUCCAAACAAAUUAGACCAGCCGGUACAUGAGGAAAAAUCAACACGGGAUCGUUUGAGCUCAGAUCUUCUGCAGCAGAGCCAGGCUCGGAUGGGAGAGGAACACAGUCCAUCUUAAGGUUAAUGAAGGUGGGAAGAAAAAGGAGGAAACCAGCACCUGGUUUUUCCCACCCUUUAGCAAUACCAGUUGGUGCAAUGAAAGACGGAUUGUAUUGUUCCUGCUCUCCAAAGGAAAGUGAUGAAGACAGAUGUGCCAUCGCUUCCAAGAAAACUCACCCACGGGGUGUAUUCAAAGCUGGCAAAUGAGAAAUGAUGAAAAAAGUGACUCAAAGCCACUGGAGCAGUUGGAGUGGGACCUGCUUGUCCUCCUUGGGAAGACAGAGUGUGGCCCCUUAUCUAAACCUGUGCCAACAGCCAUGUCCAUCCUGAUUCUGUCCCUUCCUGCUUCCCUAUUGAAUUCUGACUUCACAAAACCAAUUCAGACCAGGAAAGACUAAUUAAACAUCAAGGAAAUAGAAAACUUGUUAAAAACACAGAACUUCUAUAAAUACGACAUUAUUAAACCAAAACAUGACUUUUAGCAAGGACAGCCCUCUCAGCUGUGCCGUGUUUACCUUAAUUGUUUCCCUUCAUUAAUUACAGUCUGAGAGGGAGACUUGUGCAAAUUGAAAUAAAUGAAUUGAAUUUCUGUA